AUGAUCAAGUCAAAACGUGGAAGAAAGCCCAAAGUAAAACCAAUUGAAACAAAUGCUGAAAGUGAAAACGAAAAUAUUGAACAUACAACAGUCAAUUCAUCUGCCAAAAUCACUGAAACAACAACUACUAAACGUGGUCGUAAGCCAAUAAAUCCUAUUGAGAAUAACAUUGAAGUUGUUUCUCAAGCUGAAGCAACGACCUCUACUACUACUAGACGUGGUCCUAAACAAAAAGAUGAAACCAAUAACGCAAAUACUGCUAACUCUAUUGGAACCAAUAAUGCCGAUACUACAAAUACUCAGCCUACUAUAACUCAUCGAAAGAGUUUGAGUAAAGGAAACAUUAAUGUUACAAACGAAACACCUACCAACACCAAUUCUGAAACAAAUAAUGCCGGCACUUCUAACUCUAAUGGAACCAAUGCUGAUACUACAAAUAUUCAACCUACUGUAACCCUUCGAAGGGGCAGGAGCAAAGGAAAGAUUAAUGUAACAAACGAAGCAUCUAUCAACAUCAAUUCUGAAACAAAUAAUUCCAGCGCUUCUAAUUCUAACGGAACCAACGUAGAUACUACAAAUACUAUAACCCUUCGAAAGAGCGGGAGUAAAGGAAAGAUUAAUGUAACAAGCGAAACACCUUCUAACAUCAAUCCUGAAACCAAUAAUGCUGGCACUUCUAAUUCUAAUGGAACCAAUGUAAAUACUACUCAACCUACUACUCUUCGAAUGGGUAGGAGCAAAGGAAAGAUUGAUGUAACAAGUGAAACACCUACCAACAUCAAUUCUGAAGCUACAUCAAAUGCAAAUCUUUCAACUGGUCAUAGUGUCAAGAGAAAAGUUGGAGAUAUCCCCAGUGAUAGUGAUAAUGAAAAAAAGGUCCAAACAUCUAGAAGGAAGAAGGCCAAGGGAAUCACUAAUGUAAUAGCCGAAGGCUCAUCAACUGGAAGAAAUGCAGUUGAUAAUGGAGAAGGUUCAUCGACUUCUUCUAACUCUAAUAGAACCAAUGUAGAUACUACAAAUACUCAACCUACUAUAACUCUUCGAAGGGGUAGGAGUAAAGGAAAGAUUAAUGAAACAAGCGAAACACCUACCAACAUCAAUUCUGAAACAAAUAAUGCCGCCACUUCUAACUCUAAUGGAACUAAUGUAGAUACUACAAAUACUCAACCUACCGUAACCCUUCGAAGGGGCAGGAGCAAAGGAAAGAUUAAUGUAACAAACGAAGCACAUACCAACAUCAAUUCUGAAACAAAUAUUGCCGGCGUUUCUAAUUCUAACGGAACCAAUGUAGAUACUACAAAUAUUCAACCUACUACAACCCUUCGAAGGGGCGGGAGAAAAGGAAAGAUUAAUGUAACAAAUGAAACACCUGCCAACAUCAAUUCUGAAGCUACAUCAAAUGCAAAUCUUUCAACUGGUCAUAGUGUCAAGAGAAAAGUUGGAGAUAUCCCCAGUGAUA